UGAUACUAAGGCCAACUUUCUGGUCCCGCUGUCGGUGUUUGCUGUCAGCGGUAAAACGAUGCUCACAGUCUGACUGCUGAAAGGAAGGGAAAUACUGUGUUUAAAGGUUGGACCCCGUGGAAAGACGCCGAGUGACGAGGAUCAAAGUCAAGAAACAUGGUGACCAAGAAAGUGAGGACGGAGUACAUGAAGAAGUUCCGAGAUCCUAAGUGGGAGACGUUCUCUAAAUGCUACGAGGACUCUGUGAAGUACCGCCUGACCCGGCGGGUGAUGGAGCAUUCCCACAAGUCCUGGUUCUGGGAGGGCUGGGACGGCGGCUCCGACUCCAGCGGCUGGUCCACGCCCAGACUGACCCGCAACAAAGUGGCUCCUCUCUCCCUCCCCCCACCGCCCGGGAGCUCGGAGGUCAAGCAGAGGCUUUCGCAGAUGAAGACCAGUCCCUCGCCCAAGUCGCCGUCUGAGGACAAGGAGACGGAGGUGGCAGCGGCCGAGGCUCCGGUGGUCGACGCUGAAGAAGCUGCAGCAGCAGUCGUGGAGAACGGUGGGAGCGUGGCCAGCGCAGGUUCGGUGACGGCAGCCGCUCCAAACAGCGGCCCUUCGGAUGACACCGGGACAGAAGACGGGCCGGCUGAUUCUGUGUCCUCAGACGGAGAGCCGCCGAACCCGCCGAACCCGGCGCCACGCCGGCGCCACCGGCGCCGUACUCCUCGCUCUGAGCCAGAACACCCGGACAGUUCCCAUGACGACAAACCAGCUGUCACCCAAAAGCCACCGAGAGCCAAGAGUCAGCCGCCUGUGAGCAGCAGGGAGAUCCGGAGAACCUCCAGCCGACUGGACUGCACCGACAGGAAGAUGGAGGGAAGCCAAACAUUUGAUGCCAGCGUCCAGACCCGGCGGGAAUCUGAUAAGCGGAACCCCAACUUGGACCGACGGCGAGCUCGAUCCGCUGACCUGGAGAAGAUGAAGCAGCUGACGGUGGUGGACGAUCGCUGGAUGACGGAGUACAUGCGCUGCUUCUCUGCCCGGAUCAGGUAGAGGCGGGAUCCAACCAGACUCCUACAAGUUUUAUUAUCAGGACACAAAUCUGGAGGUGCAGACUCUUUCUUUUGGUCAUUUGAGUUAACACGACAGACUGAGCGUGUUGUCUCUUGAGUGGCAAAGUCAAGACGUGGGCAGAAUUUAAACCAAACCAUGUUUUACAAAUUUAAAAUCACCACCUCCCCUCAUUAAAACACAUUUUCAUUAUUAUUCCAUCAAUACUGCAGCACUCAUUAUUCAGUGCUUCCAGCAGAUAUCGUUUAUUUUAAACUAUAUUUUGAUUCUGGAUCCAACAAGACCUGAGAACGUAAACGCCUAAUACUGAUAGACCAGCUUCUAUUUAUGUUUUUACAAAAAUGUGACAUUUCUGAGAACCUGGCAUUUAGUUUUUUUUGGCUUCAGUAUUACAAAAAUCUUUACUGAAUGUUACAUUUAAUAAGUGGGAAACUUGUGUUUGUUAGAGCAGCACUUUCGCUGCUUUUCAGUAUUGAAACGUGAUCUGACAGUGAAGUUGGUCGGGGCUUCAGAGCUUAUAGAGCUGGUAUGAGCCAGAGUUUUAAAACUGACUGAAUUAUUGAUUACAACAUGAUCCUGCAGGGUUCAUAAUGCCGAACAUUGAUUCUUGCUAUCUUAAGAGAAACAUUUGUGGUGAAUGGGUAUUUGGAUCACUGCUGAUUCUGCAGCUUCUCUCAGCUUUAUAUAAACUGUAGAACUUCAGCUCAGUGAUUACCAGAAAGAUUACAGCAUUACUGUCUUGUUCCUUCUAGAAAACAUAGUUGUAGGAAUCUCCUUUAUGCAACUGCGGCAGAAAGAAACUUUGAAGACAAGCAGGUGGAAAUGGCUGCGAGGUCUGGCGCCCCCUAGUGGCUUAAAGAAGUCACUGCAGGUUUAAGGUCUCAGGUUUUACCAGUUAGAUACCUCUUUGCAAUCAACUUGAAACUGGUGCUGGAGCCAGUUCAGGCCCGGUAUACUUUAUAACCUUUUAAGAUCUCCCCCAACCUCUGCUGUUUGAUUUGGUAAAUCCAUUUCUGAUUUGAACAACGGCAGUCACAGUGUUUGGUUGGUACGGUCAGUUGUUACGUCUGGCCCAGAGGGGUUUGGGUCCCGGCGUACCAGUUUUUCCUGACCCAGUGGCUUCCUUGUGGCCGCCAGUCAAAAAGCAAAAGAAGGUUUUAAGUUUGGCGUUGAUUUGAAGUUGCAGUGAAACAAGCCUGAGUUUUCAAUGAUUAAACUCAUGCCAGAGUUGGACCAUGGCUGCCAUUUAGAUAUUUUGGUGCAUUUUACUCACUAUAAGAACCUUUCUGAAGAAAAAGAGAUUAUUAGACUGUUCCCAGGAAUAAUCUGACAUUCCCCUCCGUUUAUUUGAACUAUCAGUGAUCAGAAUGUGGGUUUUCAGGCCUGCGAUGGCUCAGCAUAACUCUGCCCACUUCUUCACUUUGCUCCACGGUUUAUCACGUUUAUGAUGACAUGGUGAGACCGCAGGAUGAAGGUCUCGUUGCUCCAGUGUCCUCACAGCGUGAGAGAUAAAACAUCCUCAGAGUUAAAGGUUGUGUGAUCUUUAAGGAUUUACUUUCACGAUACAAGUGUGUGUCUGAAUGAAACGCACACAUCCUCACUGACAGAAGUGUAUUUUUACGGUUGGUUUUCACCUGACGGCAGAUAUUUGGUCUGUUUGACACGUUUAUAUCUUCAGUUCAGACCUGUUUUACUACGUCUCUCUGGUUCUGUGGAAGCAGUCGCUGGUUUGAUGAUGGACAAACGAGCAGUUACAGUAAGGCCACGUUUACACGUAGCCGGGUAUUUACAAAAACGGAUAUUUUCCCCUCUACGUUUUCAAAAAAAUCCUCGUUUACACGGACCCGCAUGAAAACGCUCUUAACGUCAUGCAAGCCAAUCAGAAUCCUGGAAAAACAUCAACAAAUGACACGUGUGUAACUUCCAGUUAAGGCUGAUUUAUGGUUCCGCGUUACAUUAACGCAGAGCCUACGGCGUAGGGUACGCGGCUACGCGCACGUACCUUGCGCGUCGCCGCGUACCCUACGCCGUCGAUUUAACGCGGAACCAUAAUUCAGGCUUCAUGCUGCUGGCUGACGCGCUCACAGGCUUGAAUGAGCAGGAGGCUGGACGGGGGGGGGGGGGAGUUACUUUUAAGUGUGACUUUAGAAUAUUAAACAGGUAAAAUACAAGAAAAUAUUGACGGUGGCCAAACUAAUUGUAAACACAGGUCGCACACAUGACGCUGGUGAGUUUCUGGUGCAUAAUGUGACGUUCUGAAGCUUAAAUCUCCGUUUUCCUCCGUUUUCCUCCGUUUAGACGCAAACGGGAAAACGGAGUUUUUGAAAAUCUCCACUUUGGCCGGAGUUUUCAGAAAUGAUCGUUUUUGGUGACUUUGACCUCCGUUUCCGUGUAAACAAACGGCCAAAACGCAUGAAAACGCCUCCGUUUUUGUAAAUACCCGGCUACGUGUAAACGGGGCCUAAAUCUUUAUAAGCUUUUUCUAAUCCAUUUCACUUUCUGAAUGUACUUUAUUUAUUAGCAUGAAAGAAAGCAUAAUGAUGUGAUUUAAUCUUAUUUUAGUCACCUUCAGUUUUUUUCUCUCUUUCAAUGGCAGCUGAGUGUUUCCAUUUCAAAGGUGGAUGAAAGGACCAAACUGGAGUAUUUUUGAUAUGAGUAUUUUGGAUCUGAUGACUUUUAGAUUAGAAGACACGAAUGCUGGAUGGUUUAUAGAAACACAUUAUUUAUCAAAUCAAAGUAAGUAUUUAAAGUUGUUUCACAGUAAAAGGAAUAUAUCUAAGCUUCGCUGGCUUAAUCGCACCCUCAGACUUAAUCAAUGAACCUCACAACAUUAAGAUCAAGUGAAUGAAUAGUUCCAGUUUAGUUUGUGUUUUUCACAUCCGUAGUCUAUUUUCCUAGAACGAAGACGAGGGACAGAUUCAGCUGUUUUUUUAUAGUCUACAAAUAAAUUAGCAGAUGUCGCAAAAUGCUAUACACUGUUUAUUGAAUUUAUGCGUUUCCCUCAGCAUUUUACAGACCUUCAAAGACACAAAAAAUAGACAUUAAUGGCAGCUUUUAACUAGAGGGUCCAAAGGGAAGUUUCCAGUUCAAAACUCUCAAAUUAAUUUCCCAUUUAUUUUCCUGGCGAAAAGCUUACAAUUUUCUGAAAGACAUUGGACUAAUGGAGAUAUUGGAUGUUUGAACGUUGGUCCUACAGCUUUGCUCCAGCAUCUGAAGAGAAAUGGACCCAAAACACACUCAGUAGCCGUCUGAAUGAGAGCUCUGCACGACAGAGCUGUAACACCGAGCCCGGGAGCAGACACGACGGCUUCACAGGAGUUACAUUUGAUAAAUGAAUGUUGGAGGAACUAAAGUUUAUAAAAAGAAAUAGGUCUUCUAGAAUAUUCAACGUUUCUCUCCAGGAAAGUUCCUAGGAAAUGAUUUGGGAGUGAGCGAUGUGUUCUGCUGGAAACCCUGAAAUCAGGGUCCGUGUUUAAACUCAGAGGUGGAACAUCAGUCAAUAGAUUACAACCUUUAAUGCUUUGUAACAUGUGCUUUACGUUUAGAUUUGAAAUGUUUCCGUCACUCGCACUAAUAGGAUGUAAUGGAAAGUGUUUCAGUGAAGAAAAGUUGAAAAUAACUUUACAAAUAUUUUAGUUGUUUUAUUCCAUUGAUGGUUGGUGUUACUAAAGAUUGUAAAUACAUGGUGAGUUAAUCAUCACAGCUUGUGACACCGAGGGCUACUAUGUGAUUUAUAUCACUCUGAAGGUACGUUUUUAAAACUGGAUGCUUAUAAAUUCACAGAGGAUGCUUUUGAUUUAGGAGGAUGAAGCUCCUGUCUGAAUUUGCACAACUGCUUCUUUUUUUUUUUGCACUUUUAUUGUCACUGGGUGUUUCUUCACUUUGUUGUUACACAUCUAGAACCAUUUUCAAUCUGUUCAAUCUGAGAAAAUCUCGCCGUCUUCAGUACUGAAGGAACUUCUCUGGGUCUUUACUGAGUGGAGGUACCGCUCUGGUACCGGUCUGGUACCGCUCUGGUACCGCUCUGGUACCACGCCGGUACCGCUCUGGUACUGCUCUGGUACCACGCCGGUACCGCUCUGGUACCACGCCGGUACUGCUCUGGUACCACGCCGGUACCGCUCCGGUACCACUCCGGUACCGCUCUGGUACCGCUCCGGUACCGCUCCGGUACCGCUCUGGUACCGCUCUGGUACCACGCCGGUACCGCUCCGGUACCACUCCGGUACUGCUCUGGUACCACGCCGGUACCGCUCCGGUACCGCUCCGGUACCGCUCUGGGAGAAAGCUCUCGGGCCGGAGCCGUGCACUCAAAACGGUUUUCAAGGAUUGUAAGAUUGACCAACUGCAGCUAUUUACUGUUUGUAAAACAGUGUUUCCGUUCUGUGACCAAAAAUGAAAGAGAAACAUCUGUCAUACCUCUAAGAAGCUGGACUUGGGGAACAUGACAUAAGUAUAUGAUAAUUUCUCAUUUUUGUCCUGUCAAUCAGCUUCAAUGUUUACUUGUGAAGGAGCUCAUUUAGGAUGCAACAUGUAUAGCUUUAAACACUGCAGUAUUUCUCAAGUGGGGAAAUUUAAAUGUAUUUUUUAAUAACUUCUAUGUCUGAUUUAUAGUUUGCUUUUAUUCGUGUAAUUCUGUAGAGAAGGCGUUUCAUGAAUGUUUAAAAGGAAGGUAACUCUAAUUUGUUCCUCCUUUACUGGACCAAACUUAAAAAUAAUCUACCCAGGAAAGACGAGAUCCUGGGGACACUUUUAUUUUACAUAAAUAUAACUUCAUGUGGUUUAAUUUCAUGCUCCAAUGAUCAAGGAUUUAUUUUAUUUGGUAAGAAUUUUCUUCUCCAACAGUAUUUGUAGGAAAAGACCUGAGCAUGUGUCUGCUUAGAUUUAACAAAAAUGAUCACAAUAAAAACAUCUAAAUGAGAACACAUUUGUUUAGAAACCAUAUUUCAUCAUUCAUAAUAAAACAAACAGAAAAACAAGUUUUAAUAAGUGUAUUGUUUCUCUGAAAUGGAGCCGAUAUGUUUCCAUUCUGCCGCGUAUCUUCUCAAAACUGGACAAGUUUUGGUGUUUGGAGCAUGAAGACUCCGUCUCACUCCCUUUAUGAUCAACACAGUCGGCUCUGAGAUUAUUGUGAAUGACGUUAACUUAAUUUUGGUGUUUUUAUCUUCAUUCAUCUGUACAAUGUUUUGUUUUUACCGUUUAAAUGUUCAGACAAUCACGAGUAGUGGAACUGUUGAGCAGGUACUUUCACAGUGAUGAUUGUAAGUCACUUAUUUUGGCUAAAACACAAAAUAUAAGCUACUACACAAGACUUUGUGUUCUGACUGUUCUAUUUGCUGUUGUGGUUUAUCAGAAGAUGCUAAAGCAAAUGUUUUAUUAUACACCAGAAUAUUUCACCAUGCUAUCUCACUGAUGUUUACAUUUGUCACUGUAUCUGUAUUUGAAAACAUGCACAAUAUACUUUGUUAAAUAUAUAUUUUCAUCCACUUGAAGGUGUUGCUGUGAAUAAACCAUUUGA